GGCUUGUGGACGAUGCAGUUCGUUUUAUUUAGUCAGUCGAGAAACACCUGACACCAUGGCGAGGUUACCUUUGAGUAUCCAGGCCAUUGAGUCCAGCUGUUGCGUUACUGUGCCCGACAAAAGAAAACGGAAAGCAUAUUCAAUAUGGAUGUGGGUCCUCACUUUCUUCAUUUACUGUUCAUACCACCUCUCAAGGAAACCAAUUUCGGUCGUAAAAAACGUCUUAAACCAGAACUGCACCGACCUGACUCCACCAGUGCCGAAUCCAAAUAAUUCACAUUGGUGCGACUGGAAACCCUUUGAUAAGGACAACUCUGCAACACUCCUAGGAAUGGUUGACUCAUCAUUCUUAUUUGCAUAUGCAAUAGGAAUGUUUAUCAGUGGAUUCAUUGCUGAGCGGAUGGAUCUUCGAAUCUUUUUGAGCAUUGGCAUGAUCUUCUCAGGCAUAUUUUGUGCCAUGUUUGGCCUUGGGAAGUCCUUUAACAUUCAUCAGCUGUGGUUUUACAUUGUGGCACAGAUAUUAUGUGGGCUGAUGCAGACCACAGGAUGGCCUGGUGUAGUAACAGCACUUGGAAACUGGUUUGGAAAAGGAAACAGAGGUCUCAUCUUCGGCAUCUGGAACUCGCACACAUCCCUUGGCAACAUCCUGGGUACACUCAUUGCUGCUGCCUUUGUGUCCAGUCAAUGGAGCUUGUCUUUCAUUAUCCCUGGCAUCAUCAUCGGUUCUAUGGGGAUCAUUACACUGUUCUUCAUGGUUCCACUGCCAGAGAUGGUUGGUCUGCCGAACCCCAACGCAAAUUAUGAGCGUGAAGGGGAAUCUCCAGCACCACGUAGGAGGAACAUUGAACCGCAUAUUGAAGUUUCUGAGGAUGAAACUGCUGCCCUGCUGAGUGAAGAAUCUCCGGCUGUUUCUUACGUUGGCAAAGAAAAGGAAGAGGAGACCCGAAAUCAGAAUGAAGCCGAGGAGGAAAAGGCAAUUAGCUUCUUUGCUGCUCUGAAGAUUCCGGGUGUGGUCGAGUUCUCUCUCUGCCUCUUCUUUGCCAAACUUGUAUCAUACACGUUCCUCUACUGGCUGCCGAACUACAUUCUCAAUAACACACCCUACAGCCCAGAGGCGAGUGCCAACUUGUCUACGUUCUUCGAUGUUGGUGGUAUUGCUGGAGGAAUCCUGGCUGGGGUCCUGAGCGAUAAGACCGGCAUGUCAGCCUCCACCUGCAUAGUCAUGCUCAUCGUUGCGAUUCCUAUGAUGUUUGUCUACCAAGCAUUUUGUGCAGUUUCUCUCGGGUUGAACAUAUUCUUGCUGCUCGUUGUUGGACUCCUUGUGAAUGGCCCGUAUGCUUUAAUCACUACUGCUGUUUCGGCUGAUCUUGGUACCCAUGAAUGUCUAAAAGGAAAUGCAAAGGCCUUAGCUACUGUCACUGCUAUUAUUGAUGGCACUGGAUCUAUAGGUGCUGCUGUUGGACCACUGAUCGCUGGUCCAAUCUCAGAAGCAGGCUGGGACUAUGUCUUCUACAUGCUCAUGUUCUCCGAUCUCUUUGCCCUCAUACUUCUUCUCCGCUUGGGAAUGCACGAGAUGAAUAACUGGUGGAUGGAACGGCGCAGGAGGAGGAACACACUACUUGCCCCUAUUUAAAGUCUUGUUGCAUUUAGCAUUCAGGCAUGUAUUUGCCUGGUAAUAUGAUGUUAUAUAAGAUACCUUGUUUUUACAAAUUUCAGGAUCUUGCACCAUAUCAAAUAGUCAUGUACACUGGCAUUGCAUUUUUUUCUUUUUCUUUUUGGUGUGCAUAGGAUGACAAAAAUUGUGAUGAUAUGAAAUGAUACAAUUAUGAAGAUGUCUUAGUUGAAAUGGAAUUUGCAGAAGAAAUGGUAUCCAAGUACUAUAAUUUAUGAAAAGACAAUACCUCGCAAUAAAUUAAUUUCAUGCAAGUCCACUAAUGUCUCUUAGAAACAGUAUGAAUCCAAGAAGAAUAUAUGCAAAUUCUGUACUUUUGAAUGACAAGUCCUCACCCAGAAAAGUUUCUUGGAUCUCAUAAGUCAUUGUCAUAUUGGUGCCAGUGAGAAUAUCAGUGAAGGGAGCAUUCCACAAUUAUUCAUUUUCAAAGAAUGAUAAAGCCAAUUGUAAAGUUCAGGUAAUAUUGAAAUAGUGAAUUUUGGCGACUUCAUAUUUUAUAUAUAAUUUAGUGCAUCAUAUUCAUCUUCAUUAAAACAUAUUCAUUUGAGUUCAGUUUAUACUGACCUCAACUGCCAUUGUCAUUGUCAUCAUCACUAAUAUUCUCGGUUACUUUGUAUUAAUUAGCUUAAUAAAUAUGGACGAUUUUUUUCUUCCAUUGAACAUUUACUUUUAUUCAUCACUUGAAGUAAUGAAUGGAAGUCUAUUUAUAUUUGUAUAUAUUAUAGAGAUUGAAUAUUUUUAAUAAAAGUGUACCUCACUUAU